UCAACAUCUGUGCUGCCUUGCUCCUCCAGAACUUUUACAUAAUCUGAGCUCCCGUUUCGACAGAAAUUCGGUGUAACACAAAAGAUGUCGUUCACACAAGUCGCACGUAGCUGCGGUCGAUUUGCGGCUGCCCUGACCACAGUUCGCAUCGCCAGUGUCGCUGUUCAGACGCAGUCGAGGAUGCUCCAUCGGAUUGCGGUGCCUGCGAUUGGCGCUCAGCUCACCCAAAAGUUCUUCACAGUGCGCAACUAUUCGGUAAGGAAUACCAUGGAAGAAAUUGAGCAUCGUGUUUUGAAAGUGGUUUCGGCCUACGACAAAGAGAGCAGAUGUCGCUGGCAAACGCAAUCGGUGCGCAGUUACUCGGCGAAACCGCCAUUGUCGCUGAAACUGAUCAACGAGCGCGUCUUGCUUGUGUUGAAGCUGUACGAUAAGAUCGAUCCCAGCAAGCUUAACGUGAACUCGCACUUCAUCAAUGAUCUGGGCUUGGAUUCACUGGAUCACGUUGAGGUCAUCAUGGCCAUGGAGGAUGAGUUCGGCUUUGAGAUUCCAGACUCCGAUGCUGAGAAGCUUCUGAAACCUGCCGACAUCAUUAAAUACGUCGCCGACAAGGAGGAUGUGUAUGAAUAAAUGUAAUGCAUAACCAUUAAAAGAUUACACUAAUUUUAAAUGAACAGAGUCAAAUUUGAUUUGAACAAUAUACAAAACUUGAAUAAAUCAGAACGUUAAACCAAA